AUGGCCUACACCGCCAGCGCGCUGAGCCUGAUGCUUCUGGGGUUCCGGAAGCCCAUCGUGCUCACCGGCAGCCAGAUGCCCCUGGCCAGCGCGCGGACGGACGCGCGGCAAAACCUGAUCGACGCCCUCACCUGCGCAGUUGCCGGCCAGACGCCGCCCCACGUGCAGGCGAGGCGCCGCGUGCGUUGCGUCUUGCUUGGGUGGUCUGAGGUGGCGAUCUGCUUCGGCGGCAAGCUGAUGCGCGGCAACAGGGCCCAGAAGGUCGACUCCAGCUCCUAUCAGGCGUUCGACUCCACAUACCCUUACCUGGCCACCCUGGGCAUCGGCGUUGACUGGAACCACAAGUUCUUGUUGCAGUUGGAGGGCAGCUACCGACCCAGGUUCUUGCUCGACCCUGCAGUCAUCAGGAUACCCAUCGUGCCCGGCAGCGACCCGCGGCUUUGCUACGGCGAUCUCAUGGCGCGCGGUGUGAAGGGCGUCGUGCUGGAGACGUUUGGUGUGGGCAACAUGCCCGACUCGGCAAACUUGGGGUGGCUGCCCUGGCUCAAGGACCAGACUAAGAAGGGGCUCAAGGUGUGCCUGACCAGCCAGUGCGCCAAGGGGGACCUCAAGCCGGAGCUCUAUAAGGCCGGGGCCGCGGCCAUGGCGCUGGGGGUGGAGGCGGGGCCACAGAUGACCAGCGAGUGA